ACGUUCCUUCUGUAACACCAUAUAAAACCAUCUCCAUUGACUCCCCAUUCCAUUCACACUUCCACUUCCCUUUUUCCCUCUUUUUCCACCACAGCCACAAUUACCAUUUUGCCAUCAAUGGCGUUACAGAGACAACCUAGUGAUCUCAAAACUAGAAUCAACACAUGUCUGAACAGAUUAUCCGACCGUGACACCCUCACAGUUGCAACAAACGAACUCGAAUCAAUAGCUAGAACUCUCAACACUGAAGGAUUUAGUGCAUUUUUAACUUGUAUUUCAACUACAGAUACUUCACAUAAAUCGCCCGUACGCCGACAAUGUGUUCGGCUUAUCGGCGUGCUCUCGGCGUCUCAUGGCGACGCGCUUUCACCGCAUUUAACGAAAAUGAUUUCGGUAGUACUCCGUCGGCUUCGUGACGGUGACUCGGCUGUUAGAACGGCUUGUGUUGAAGCUGUUACGUCAAUUGCUUCGGAGAUUACUCAAGUUCCGUUUUCGUCUAUUUUGAAGCCGUUGGUUGAUGCUAUUGUGCAUGAACAGGAUAAUAACUCGCAGAUGGGAGCUUCGCUUUGUCUUGCAGCAGCAAUUGAAGCAUCACCUGAUCCUGAACCAACUGAGCUAAAGAAAGUGUUACCAAAGCUCUUGAAAUUGGUGAAGAAUGAUAGUUUUAAAGCUAAACCAGCGUUGUUGUCGCUUAUUGGUAGUAUUGUUAGUGUUGGUGGUGCUUCGAAUAAGAAUGUAUUGAGUAAUUUGGUUCCAAUUACGGUUGAGUUGUUGAGUAGUGAAGAUUGGACUGUAAGGAAGGCUGCGGCGGAGACAUUGGGACGAUUGGCUGUUUCAGAAAGAGAGUUGUUGGCUGAGUUGAAGGGGUUUUGUAUCACUUCAUUGGAUAAUAGAAGAUUUGAUAAGGUGAAGGUUGUGAGAGAGACAAUGAAUAGGGCGUUAGAAUGGUGGAAGGAAGUUCCAGGUACUUCAGAUGAUGUCUUGCCUCGAUCACAAUCCAAGUUUUCACCCAAAGAAUACUCUGAAUUUGUGUCUCCAGAUUGUGGUAGUGGUGCCUGUUCUCCAACUCCUUCCAAAAGUUCGAGUGAUACAGCCACAGAGACCCCUCAACUGAAGAAAGCACUCCGCCCAAGCAAGUCACUUGCAUCCAGCAGUUCUUCCUCGAUCACCUCCCAGAAGAAUAGUUCUACUAGGUUCCGCCGCACAAAAUCAAAUGUCACGAGCUCCUGUAAGCUGGAUUUAAGAAAAUCCCUUGAUGCAAAAGCAAAACACACUGUUUCACAGGCUUCUGCAUUGGAGGUAGCUUUUGAAGAACAGAAGAGUCAGAAUCUUAGAGUUCAAGAUUCAGUGGAUACAGUUAGUUGUAGCAGUUCAAGUUCAGAAGUAAAGUCAACUGUAUUCAACAGACCACCUGAUGAAAAGUUCCACAGAUGUGGUAAUUCACAGUCUGGUUCUCGGGCUAUUCCACUCUUUGAAGACUACAAUAACAACAUGGUACCUGAUGAAAACACCAAUGAAGAUGCCCUCUUGAGUCAUAGAGAGUACGAGCAACUUUGUUCUGUCCGCAAACAGCUUGUUCAGAUUGAAAAUCAACAGUCCAGUUUGUUGGACCUCCUCCAGGGAUUUAUUGGCAGCUCACGAAAUGGAAUGAAUUCUUUAGAGAAACGUGUAAAUGGUUUGGAGAGAUUACUUGAUGAAAUGCAACAUGAUUUGGCAAUAACAACAGGGAGGAUAGCUAAUACUGAUUUUACAGGAAAUACAUGUUACAUGCUCCCUCGUGCAGAAUUUUUGAGUCCUAAGUUUUGGAGAAGUUCAGAAGAGCAAGAUUCAAAUUCAAGAAUAUCUUUCUCCACUGGAAGCCAGAAUACCGUUUACAGUGAGCCAGAAACAAAUGCUUCAGCAAAACUGAUGGGUGUCACUCAAAAUGAAUGUAACUUUGCAUUGCGUUCUUCCUCCAAUAGAAGAAAAGAGAGAAUAGCUCGAGAAGGUGAAACUGCGGGUUUUUGUCAUGUCGGUAGGCUUAACGGGGCUUCAUUUGCAAAUUGCAUAGAGCAGCAAACUUGAGCUGUAGGUGAUUGUCUUUCUUUAGCUUGACAUGAUGAUACCUGGAUUGAGAAUCUUAGCAGGUCGUGCGGACACUUGGAACUUCAGUCUCAAUGCUGACUUAUUUGGAUAGAGAAUCUUUAUUCCGUCUGAAGCUGGAUGUACGGGGCACGGAAAACAUGUAUCUGGAAAGAUCAAAGCUAAUUGGCUUUGAAGAAGCCCAAAGAAUCAGACACCUUACAAGUUUUCAAUAUUUAUACUCUGGUCAUUGGGCUAUAAGGGCUAAUGAGCUCCAUUGUCGGCAAGAAAUGGGGGAGUCUGUACAGAAGCUCUGAAUGUUAAAUGCUGUUUAUGCUAAAUUUAUUCCGUUUUCUGAUUCUAAUAAUCCAAUGAUUGUUCUGAUCUUCCAAA